AUGGCUCCACCUCACCGUCGCGGACCUUGGGUCCCCGAAGAAGAUCAGUUGCUUUUGCAACUGGUUCGCGAACAGGGCCCCAAAAGCUGGGCCCGCAUCUCUCAGCACAUGCACAACCGCUCGCCCAAGCAAUGUCGUGAACGCUUCCACCAGAGCCUUAACCCUUCGCUCAACCGUGAAUCUAUCUCUUCCGACGAGGGGCUGAUGAUCGAAAGCAUGGUUAAUGAGAUGGGCAAGCGCUGGGCGAAGAUUGCCCGUCGUGUGGGCAACCGCAGCGACAACGCCGUCAAGAACUGGUGGAACGGCAGCAUGAACCGCAAACGCCGCGGUCUUUCGACACCAACCGCCUCUCGCACCUUCAGCCGCCGCAUCGAGGUACCGUAUGCCCGCCACUCCGUCGUGAGCCCCUCCCCGCUUUGGGCCGACUUGCCUGUCGAACCCGAGGACUUUUCCCAGUCGCACCGCGAAUCGAUAUUUACCACCCACCAAGCUUCUCCAAUGUUUACUCUGCCUUCUAUCAACCCCUUUAUCGAAACAUCCUCGACUUCCCCGACCUUCUCAGAGGUCUCCAGUGCCCACUCUAUCCACCCACCCUCCUUGGUCUCUGACUACAACUCCGUCUGCCCCUCUCCACCCCGCACUCUCCCAUCACCGCAGAUGCUUCCUCUACCCGCGGUCUCACAGUACGAGACCCCGCGCCCGAGUACAUCCACGCAGGUGUUGGAAGGUCCCUCAAGCUAUCCGGCUCGCUCUUUCGAGACCCUCUGCGAGAUUACCUCGAAGCUGUGGUGGAUGAAGCACCAGCCUACCCUGGCCUCAUGGCCCCAUCCGGCAGACGCACCCAAGCUGUGGUCAAAGCCCGAGCCCGAGCCCACCCGCGAUACGCGGAUGACAGUGCACAAUCUGCUCAACUAA